AUGUUAAACGCAUAAUUAAAGGCUGUUAAGUAAUCUGCCGAGUGAGUUCACAAGUGAUUGGAGCAGGAAGCUAGUCGGUGAACAAGAGGUAGGUCUCUGGUCCUCUAGGAAACACGGGUCGAGUCGACCCGCGGCGAUUGUAUCAGGACGGUUGCUUGUGCAACUUUCUCGUUGGAGGAUUUUCAAACACGGAAGAACUCUGAAACCGGCCUAGUGAGUUCCACCAGUGGUCGCAGUGUAUGCAGACUCGUGGUAACGCUCGGAUCGGUCGUCCUUGACAGAGCAAAACGGACGAAGAAGAUUCAAAGAGGGAGAACGAGAACGGUGGUGCUAUCGAUGCAGCUUCAUUGAACGGUGAACAAUCACGAGCGAAGAUCCUUGACAAGGACGGUAUCGAUGACCUCGAUCAUCAUCGUUGCAAGGACGAUUCGAACAGGAUGCCAGAAUUAAAGGACGAUCAGGACCAGGCGAACGACGAGGAGGUUUGCCUGGAUUUGAGCGAACCAUCAGCCGAGGUGAUGGAUUACGCUAGGAGAGAACUGGGAGAGACCGAGGAAGUCAGGUGCCGAACUCUUCAAGAACUGAGAGACAUGAUUUAUGAGAGAGGAGAGUGUAUGCCACAUCGAAUGGACGAUGAUUUUUUGAUCAGAUUCCUCAGGACGAGGGGUUUUAACGUGCCUCGUGCUCAUCGAUUGAUAGUGAAUUACUGCAACUUCAAAGAGGAACACCCGGAGAUCCAUCAGGAUGUGAGUCCAGUGGAGAUGAAGCAUAUCGGUGAGGAUGACGUGAUGACGGUGCCUGCUUACAGGACACAGUGUGGUAGAAGAAUGAUGAUCUAUCGAUUGGGAAACUGGGAUCCAAGGAAAUAUUCAGUGGAAGAGAUAUUCAAGGCUACCGUUAUCGUAUUAGAGCUCGGUGUUCUGGAACCCAGAGCUCAAAUCCUUGGAGGUGUAGCGAUUUUUGACUUGGAGGGAAUCACGAUGGCUCACGCCUGGACCAUCACCCCACAGGUAGCCAACAUGGUGACGGCGUUGAUGGUGUCAGCAUUUCCCAUGAAGACAUACGCCAUACACAUUCUCCAUCAGUCCUGGGUGUUCGACGUGAUGUUCUCCGUGUUCAAACCAUUGUUGGACGUCCGAAUGCAGAAUAAAAUCUUCUUUCAUGGUAGUAACAUGGACAGUCUUCACCAACAUAUAUCACCGUCCCACUUGCCGAAGAAGUAUGGCGGUACCAGAGAAGAAUUGGCUUAUUACAAAUGGAUCGACAGUCUGAGCAAGGUGCCUCAGAUCGUCAAGCAGAUGAAACUUCUCGGUUACAUAGUCCCCGAAGAGAUACAGAAACAAAUGGACCAACACGUAGACGACUGAGAAAAGAAACAUUGGAAAGUUUUUCAAUUGAAACAAGUUCAAUGAUUAAUUUUGCACUAUCCAUUGUAACACCUUUAUAUUCGUUUCAUCGUGAAUUAACCCUCGAAUAGUGAAUUAGAUUAAUGAUGAAUGCAUAUUAGAUUCUUUGGGUCUUGAAUGAUCCACCGUCUGACGUUCGAAGGUUAAUAGAUAAGAGAUUGGAGAGCGUUUAAUUUCUUUUUUUUAUCAUUCAUAAUGUACUUUUUGUAUCCUUUGUUAGACACGAUGGUUAUUUCUUAUUUCUUAAGUACACUUUUAUUCUUCUUUUUAUAUUCUUCCAUUGUAAGAUUGAAAUAUUGAUUAAAGGUAGCGAAGAAAGGAUCGUUA